AUGUCUACACCGUCUCCUUACCUAAUAGCCAAAGUGGCUAGAAAUACAGUAGCAACCGCAUCGGUUUCUGCUACUACAAUCACUGCUAGAGUGUUGCGAUCGUCUUACUCAACGAGUACUAAUGUGGUUGCCUCGACAUUUGGCGACUCGUCACAUUCUACAAUGUCGGCAGCUACCCCUCUGUCAGGAUCAGGCUCAAGACCAUUUCCUACAUAUAAAUACCCAUUUCCAUCGAUCCCUCGUCCCCGUCGGAACCUGUUUUACUACUACAAUCCUAUGCCCUCUAUUAAAAGAGGGUUAAGUAGUAUUCCUGACUCGAAACCUGGUAAAUUUGUUCGUCGGUCGUCGGCAAUUGCCUCGCGAUUCAGAAGAAAUAGCAGUGGUGCUCAAGACACUCUGAACGUCUCGAACACUAAUGGCAUGCCGAGUUACAAGACAUUUUCCAAAUUCAAUACUUAUGGUCGAAGAUUUGCUUCGUCGGCUGCAGGCGGGGCCAAGAAAGGUGGGCCUGGUUCAAUUGGUUUGGCUGCUGCUCAGUCCUGGAAAUGGUGGGCUGUUCCUGCUGUAACCAGUAUUAUCAUCUGGACGGCCUACCGUCGUAAGAAGCAACAACAACAGCAGAGAGACGAUGAAACUCAACCAUUACUAGGUCAACAGGAACAUGAUCAUAAACCUGCUAAACCCUGGCAAGUGGCUGCUUAUAGCACACUUCCCCUUAAAGCCAUGUCACGAUUAUGGGGUAAAGUCAAUGAUAUUACACUUCCAGUGUGGAUGAGAGAACCUGGAUUCAAACUAUAUUCAUACAUGUUUGGAGUGAACCUCGACGAAGUCGCUGAAGAUGAUCUAACUACAUACCGCAACCUUGGCGAGUUCUUUUUCCGAGAACUAAAACCCGGUGUGCGUCCAAUUGAUCCCGACGCUGUACUUGUCAGUCCUGCUGAUGGUCAAGUAUUACAUUUAGGAGUGAUAGAUGGAGGUAAAGUCGAGCAAGUCAAAGGUAUAACAUACUCUUUAGACGCUUUACUUGGCGGAGGGAAUUAUGUCUCUGCAGCUCCUUCGCACGAAGUAGACUUUGAUUUGCACGAGGAGCACGCUAUUAUGGAGCGUCACAAGGAUUUCGCUGUUGUCAAUGGCAUUUCUUAUACAUUAGACGAUCUGAUAGGAGGUGGUGGCAGUCAAACUAAUGUUGAGAAGCGAACCGAUCAAAAAGUCGAAGAUGAAGGCGAUGCCACUGUUGCGUCUGUCAACUCGUCCACAAGUUCAUUUGUGAAUGUUAGUAAAGAUGUUCUUGCACCAGAUUUCACUCCCGAGUCUGAAAAAGAGUUAUUUUUCGCGGUUAUCUACCUUGCACCUGGCGACUACCACCGAUUCCACUCGCCCGCCAACUGGGUUGCCGAGAUUCGACGUCACUUUGUCGGUGAACUAUACAGUGUAGCGCCCUAUUUCCAGAGUCGGUUACAGAAUCUGUUUUGUCUGAACGAACGAGUGGCAUUAUUAGGUCGCUGGAAGCACGGGUUCUUCAGCAUGACGCCCGUUGGCGCGACCAACGUCGGCAGUAUCAUCAUCAACUUCGAUAAGAACCUGCGAACAAACACCGUAUACGAGCACCCCAACAUCACGCCCAACUCGUCGUCGUCCAGCAUCUCCUCACUCCCCGAUAUCACCAGCAGCGGCGAACAAACCGCACAACGCAAGAAAGUCAAGAAAGCGACGUGCUACGAAGCCACCUACGGCAAAGCCAGCCGUCUCCUUGGCGGAUACCCUAUCAGUAAGGGCGAACAAAUGGGCGGAUUCAACCUCGGCAGCACUGUCGUGCUAGUCUUCGAGGCCCCCAAAACGUUCCACUUCAACGUCAAAGCCGGCCAAAAAGUUAAAGUCGGCCAAGCUCUCGGCACCCUGCCAUCGUAG